AUGAAUGGUGUUGGCCGUGUUAAUGUCCCUAACCAACUUGCGGCGGCCGCUGCAGCCGCUACAGGGCAAGCUCGUCCACGAAUGCCUAUGCAAUCGCCUGCUGCUGCCGGCAUGGGAGGUGUGCCGGCUCACAUGGCUAGUGGACUUGUGCCGCCCAACCAGAUGAACGGUGUUCAACAAGCUCAAAUGCAGGCAAUGCAAGCAAUGCAGGGGCAACACAACCGUAUGCCUAUGCCGAAUCCUCCGCCUGAUGUUAGCUUGAUGAUGCGUGCCCAGCGCAUCUCCGAACAGCAACGGGCUGCACAGAUGCACGCUCAAGGAGGUCCUGGUACCCCUGGUCAAGGGGCGGUAGGCGCCCAGCAGAGUCCUCCUGCGCAGAUGCGGAACGCGAUGAACGGUGUAAACGGCAUCAACGGCAAUCCAAUGAACCAACAGAGUUUCCUUAAUAAUGCGCAGGCGAUGAUGGCUCAGUUCAACCAAGGCAAUCUCAGCUCACCACAGGCUAACGGUCUCCACAUGCCAUCCGGCCCUGCAGGCUCAAUAGCCCCACGACCACAACCGCAACUCCCAGCAGCUAUCCAGGCUCAACUUAACCAGCUUGAGGCACAAUACCGCGCUAAGAACUCAAGCCUUACCUCUGAACAGGCGCGCCAGAUGGCCACGGAACAUUUAACACGGCUCAUGAUGGCGCAACGCUCUGCAAUGAAUGCUGCUGCUGGCACGGCUGGUGGCCAAGGCGGACUUGCUGGAAGUAUUGCAGCCACAACUAGCCCUCACCAAUAUGCCGCGCUGCUUCGACAGCAACAACAGCAGCAAGCAAGUGCGGCAGCGGGCAGUCCCGGACAACAACAUCAGCAACCUCAUCAAGCUCAACAUCAGCCCCAGCAUCAACAAUCUCAACAGCAGCAAGCGCAGGCGAAACAACAGCAGCCUCAGCAACAGGUUCAGGUUCAGGCCCACGCUCAGGCUCAGGUCCAGCAUCAAGCACAGCAGCAGAGGCAGGCGAGCGGUAGCGCCACACCCUCGGCUGGCUAG